AUGAACGUGCGACAAUCAUCUUUCAGCUUGGCCCCUCCGGGACCUGAAAGGCGUCCCUCAGUAGUAUCGCGUCUAUCAUCCGUCUUCUCCAAUGCGGAUCAGGAAGCGGGGACCGCUACAUCUACUACAGGGGCGGGCCUCAUAGAGGAGGAGAUUGCCGAGAUUAAGAGAUAUGAAGACUUUACAACAAUAGAUUGGGUUCAAGAUGCCGCGCGCGAGCAAGCGAAGCGUAAGGUGCGGAGGAAGCAAGCGGCCGGCCGAUAUGAUAUGGGACAACCUAAAUGGCGAUAUCAGCUAUGGAAGAGUUAUGAUGCGGCGCAAGCCUGGAUCGUGGUGACCAUCAUUGGUGUUGCGAUUGGGUUGAACGCUGCGCUUUUGAACAUUAUUACAGAAUGGCUAUCCGAUGUCAAGAUGGGCUACUGCGAGACAGGGUUCUAUCUGAACGAGAACUUUUGCUGUUGGGGAGAAGAGAAUGGCUGCGAUCAAUGGCACAGAUGGACCGGAUUUGAGCCUUUCAAUUAUUUCGUAUACCUUGUCUUUGCGACUCUGUUUGCUUGUGUCGCUGGCACCUUGGUCAAGUCAUUCGCACCAUAUGCCGCAGGUUCAGGUAUUUCCGAGAUCAAGUGCAUUAUUGCCGGAUUCGUUAUGAAAGGUUUCCUUGGCUGGUGGACUCUGAUCAUCAAAUCUAUAUGCCUACCCCUGGCCAUCGCAUCUGGCCUAUCGGUUGGUAAAGAAGGUCCCAGUGUACACUACGCCGUGUGCACUGGAAAUGUCAUCUCUCGACUCUUCGACAAGUAUAAGCGCAAUGCUUCCAAGACGAGAGAGUUUCUGAGUGCUUCGGCCGCUGCUGGUGUUGCCGUCGCUUUCGGUAGUCCUAUCGGUGGCGUACUCUUCUCUCUUGAGGAGAUGUCCAACCAGUUUCCCCUGAAGACUCUAUGGCGCAGUUACUUCUGUGCUUUGGUCGCGACAGCAGUUCUUGCUGCUAUGAAUCCCUUCCGAACUGGCCAACUGGUCAUGUUCCAGGUGGAGUAUAAGAACGACUGGCACUUCUUUGAGUUACUAUUUUAUGUCCUGCUUGGUAUUUUCGGAGGACUUUAUGGUGCCUUUGUGAUCAAGUGGAAUUUGAGGGUUCAGUCCUUCCGAAAGAAGUACUUGAAGGAUUAUGCUGUCCUCGAAGCGACCUUGUUGGCAGCUGGUACUGCCAUUAUUGCUUACCCCAACGCUUUCUUGAGAAUCGACAUGACAGAGAGUAUGGAGAUUCUCUUCUCGGAGUGUAGCACUGGGGACCAUUACCAUGGCCUUUGCGAACCAAACAAGCGGUGGUGGAACAUCAUAUCACUGUUCAUUGCUACUUUCCUGCGACUAUUCCUCGUCAUUCUAUCUUAUGGAUGCAAGGUCCCUGCUGGUAUCUUCGUCCCUUCUAUGGCCAUCGGAGCGUCAUUCGGAAGGAUGGUUGGGAUUAUCGUCCAGGCUAUCCACGAAGCCAACCCUACUAGCGUCUUCUUCUCUGCGUGCAAGCCAGACGAGCCCUGCAUUACACCCGGCACGUAUGCUCUGCUCGGAGCUGCCGCUGCGCUGAGUGGUAUCAUGCACAUCACUAUUUCCGUGGUGGUCAUCAUGUUUGAACUUACCGGUGCUCUCAACUACAUCCUUCCCACCAUGAUCGUUGUUGGAGUUACUAAGGCUAUCAGCGAGCUAUUCGGUAGAGGAGGUAUUGCUGAUAGGAUGAUCUGGUUUAGCGGGAUGCCGUUCCUUGACAGUAAAGAGGAACAUAACUUUGGCGUACCUGUUUCGGCAGUCAUGAGGACCUCAGUUGUGUCAAUGCCUGUUCAUGGACUCACUCUGGGUGAAGUCCAGCAGCUUCUUGCUGACGACCGGUACCAAGGCUUCCCCGUUGUGGAAGACAAGCAUACCAAGGUCCUUAUCGGCUAUAUCGGCAGCACUGAGUUGCGAUAUGCUAUUGACAAGAUGAGUCGAACUACGCCCUUGUCUGAGACAUUGAAGUGCACCUUUGCACCGUCAUCGUCAAAUCUGUCAACCACAUCCCUCCAUGGCGACUCAUCGCAUUCCCAGACUCUCGACUUCAGUCGAUAUGUUGAUGCAACACCAGUCACAGCUCACCCAAGACUACCUCUCGAGACUGUCAUGGAGUUGUUCCAAAAGAUCGGCCCUCGUGUUAUCCUUAUCGAGUACCAUGGCAAGCUUACUGGCCUUGUCACUGUCAAAGAUUGUCUGAGAUACCAAUUCAAGGUCGAAGCAGCCGAGAACCCCAAGGACAACCAUCGUAUCGAAGAGGGGCAGGAACAAGUAUGGAACCUACUCCUUAGAGCCGGCAAUUGGUUCUCUUGCAGGGUUUCAAGGUACUCUGGAGGUCGCAUACGUUUGAGUAGCAACUCUGGUGAUGAGCAACCACUGGGUAGAGGGCAGAUCCUUGACGGCGAUGAAGACGUGCUUGAUGAGGGUGUAGAGCUGGAGAGCCGGCGGUGA